AUGUGUGAUAUCGGUUGUAAAGGUUGCAACAGCAGAAAAUGUGCGGAUCCUUUAAAAAACUGGAGAUUAUGGCUGAAACGACGACAACAAAUGCACCAGAAACUAACAACAAAAUUGGGCUGUUUGCCAGGAGAAUUGUUAAUGAAUUCAGCAGAGAACUGUCGAAGAGUUAAGGAGGAACAGCUAGUUUUGCGUUACACUCAAAUAGAAGAUAAUUUUGAUAAAUACCGUGGAGACCCAAUUUUCUGGAAGCUGCCUCCAUGCUUUAAAAGUCACGUGCCGCCUUUUAAGGAUACUGAAUAUUUUUUGACGCGUUUCAAAGAAGAAAAGAAUGAGAUUCCUGAAUUGGAAUAUAUUGGCGUUCCUAGCGCUAUUAUGGACGAGAAAGAUAUUCGACCUAGAACAAGACACUUAAGAAGCUUAUGGACUGAGAGCACCUAUAGACAACGUGUUUUGGAGAUGGUAUCUGAAAAGCUUUUAAAAAUUGAACCUCACAAGCCCAUUUUAUCAGAUUUGAUAAUUAUAGGAAACAAAAUUGGAGCUGAAACGAAUUCUGAGCCAGAAACUUCUUCUAUACCACAAGAAAAACCAAAAGCAAAUAAAAAUGAAACCAAAGUUAAAGAAAUUAAACAUGCCGAUUCAAUAGUUACAGUUGAACAAUAUAAUGCUGAGCCAAGUCUUAAAAUAAACAACAAAGAGUUUGAUAAAUAUACUGCACAUGUUUACAAAGAGAACAAAAUAAGUGUUAUAUUUGAACAUUUCACUGAUUCACUGGUGCCAAGUAAAAAAUCAAUUGUGUUUGAAAAUACUGGCAAUGUAACUAUAAGGCUCUACUGGAAUUAUUUUAAAAAAUUUAAGGCUUUUAUGGAUUAUGAUACUGAUGAGGAAAUCAAUUUCCAUCCAUUUAGAUUCGAAAAAAAUGAAAUUUGUUUAAUACCAGGGACAAAAAAAGAACUUUUAGUGUGUUUCCAAGUCCAUAAUCCUGGAAAUUAUUCUGAAUACUGGGAAAUCACUAGCCUUCCCAAUGUAUGGACGCCAGAUUUUCGUCUUCUAAUACAUUUUCAAGGGUUUGCUGUCAUAAGAAACUAUGAAGAGCGUAUAAAUGAACUAAAUGAAAAGCUACAAUAUAAAAUGCGAAAUACUGCCAUUAAAGAGGUUCUAAAUAAUAUAAUAUCCUCGGGAAUUUAUUGUAAGCCUACAGCAAAACAAUAUUUCAAUUUCACGGAAAAGGAUUUGUUUGAAAGUGCCAAUUUGGUAACACGUUGUACGUCAAAAUACGUGUAUAAUGCUCCAAUAAUAUCUGAACUAAAGCAAUUUUAUCAAGAAAACAAGUCAUUGAAUGAUCCAGAUGAGUGGGACUUGUCCAUUCAAAAACUGGGAGAAAUCGCAAGGAAAAAAGAUCUUCUUUCAUAUUUCGAUAGAAAAUUAUUGUUGUUUAAAAAGGCUAAAUUGAGGAGGGAAGCUUUACAAAACAACCGUGCAGAUGUACAAGGCACUAAAGCUGCAGCUGUGAAAGAGAAUAAUAAACAAAUAACGGAAAAAACUACAAAAGAAGUUAGUCGGCCAAAUUCUCAACCAGAUGAUGAAAUUCAGCCGAUGAUAUGUUACAAGAACCUUAGUGAUGUUUUACGCAAAUUAGAAAAACCUUCAAUUUACAUUAACAAAGAGAGAGAAAAGUAUCUCUUCUCCUACAUAGUACUUAAAACAUUCUUUUCAAAAAUCUCCAAUGAACUGGAUAAGUUAGACUCAAAUAACUCGCAGGAAAUAAAAGAUAACAAUAUAGUCAAUAAAAAUGAUUCUAAUGAGAAAAUUCAAUAUAGACACUAUGAUACAGUACCAGAACGAAUAUUGUACGAAAUCUUUGACGAACGUUAUAUAUUGAGAACUAAAAGGCUAUCGCAUCCAUUAGAUGCAGUCAGAGCAAAACCCAAAUCAGUGCUUCUUACAAGCGUUUCCCUUUCUGACAUCAAGAAAGUGCAUAAAAUGUACUUCAACAAGGACGAGGCUACUUUGAAAGGGACAAUAAAGGAGAAAGGUCAGGUUUUUGAGGAUAAAAAAUCCAAUGUUUUAAAAGGACAAAAGGGUAAAACACAAACCAAUCAGGAAGAAGAUUUAUUUGUCUUUAUCAAGGAAGAUUUUGAUCCAUUUUAUGAAACUUUCCCACAAUUUGAAACAAUGGAGCAAACAAUUUGUAAAGAAACAAUAACUCCCAUACUGGCAGAAGAAAUUAAUAAAGAUAAAUAUCUGAUAGUCUACAAAACCCUUUGUGAAGCAGUAGAUGCAUUAGAAGAUACAAUUGAAGCACUUAAAGAUAGAAGUAUUUCUAGCAAUACCUUGAGUGAAUUGCUGAAAUGUGACUCUUCCUUCAGGCAGACUGCAUCUAAGAAAAUUUCAAUAGUAAAUACAAGUAAAAAAUAUUCAGCCAAUUCUACGCGGUCUACUAUUACUAGUGAAAAGGCAUUACCAAAAGAAUCUGAAGAGUAUAGUGCAUAUCUUGAAUUCCUCAAGGAUCUUCAUUGGCAAAAUAAUUCGAGUGUCAAGCAACAUUUCUUGAAUGAACAAAAGCCAAAAAUAAUAGAACUACCAGAAAAAAGAAUUGAAUCAGAAUUGUAUGUUGAAAGCCAAGUCAAACGAUCGAUUUCAAAUAUAUUUUCUCUGGAAGACUUCAAACGUAAAAUUGAACCUUAUUGUCUUAAAGAUCGAUUCACACAAACGGAACUUUUGGAAAAUUUAGAUGAAGAUGUGGAUGCAGUAGAAAAAGAGACUAUCGAUACAGCUUCUGAAGAAUCCUUAGAGAAACCAAGAAACAUGUUUUAUUUCUUGUGUAAUCCUGGCGAAAAGAAAAGCGAUAUUCUGGAUUAACUUGUAAAUAUGAAUAGGGUUUGAAAUUUAAGUAUUUUAUUUCAAAUGUGUAACCUAAAUAAGAAAAUACAUGGGUAAAUAAUUAAAAAUUAUUUAUUG